GGAUGUUGCAGGCUAUCGUGUCGAGUUGGUUCUCCGUAUGCAGCACAGCUGUCAAUGACUCGUUAGCUGAACCCUGCCGGAAUGACCUUGAACUAACCUUGGACUCCUUCCCGUCUUCUCACCUGGUCUCAAUUCAAUCUUGACAAAAAAUGUUGGGAGAGCUGUCAGGGGCUAAGCGCCCAAAGACGUUCGCCGAGCAGGUUGGCUACCCGUAUCUAAUAGACUCAGCAACAUCGCUCGCGCGACGUGUAUACUUAUUGCUUUUUGGCAUCAAUAUCUGCUUGAUCCCCGGCAUACGCCUUCUGAGGCUGGGCUUUGUGGCCGGUGUACCUGCAGUUUUUUUUUUGGCAACAUUCUCUCUUCGGAUCACUGACUUUAAUAAAUACGAUAGAAACACUUUCCCUUCACUGUCCUCUCGCUCGAAGUCCGUUUCUACUGAUCCCCUACGGACAGGCUUCCGAUUGAGAGUAAACACAGCUCAGCCAAAUGGAUUCCUGGAGUCCUGUCCCUCCCAAACCAGCCCUUCAAAGACCAAGCCUCACACCACCCUGCGCGGGAUCCAAUGAGGAUGUCCGUCCAGUGGUCAAUUUCCCCUCCCGAGUGGUACAGAACUCGCUGGUUUCCCGUCGAUCCUCGCCUCUCGUUCCCCAUCCAUCGCAUUCACGAUCUCGCUCGGCAGACGGAGAUGAACCAUCUCCGUCACAUUUGCGGCCCAUACUGCCACACCAGUUGAACCGUCCGCGGCCCAAGUCUUCGCACUCGAGAGUGCCCUCCCCUCUUUCGACGACUGUAGAAGUUGACGAAAGUGCCAC